AUGCGGUACGUCAACUUUUCAGUAUGGCCAUUCGUUGCCCUAGUAGGUUUCGCACUAAGCGUACCAGCUGCCUCGACUUCAACUCCCUAUGAAGUUUUUGAGGAGCUUCCUAUGGCUCCCGAGGGGUGGACAGAGCUGCCAUCAAUGCGAGUAAACUUGCAGAAAUCAAUGGCAAUGCGCAUUCACCUUGCCCAACAGAAUGUUGUCAAGUUUGAGCAGAAGGUUAUGGAGAUCAGCACCCCAGAUCAUCCUUCCUACGGUGACCACAUAGAUACCAAGCAAAUCAAGAGCAUACUGCGGCCAUCUCAAAGUACUCUUAACGCAGUCCUCGCGUGGUUAGAGGAUGCUGGUCUUGGCGAGCAAGCCGUUGUUGAACAUGACUGGAUCAAGAUGAAUGUCACUAUUGGUCAAGCACAAGAGCUUCUGCAAACAAGAUACUCUUACUUCCGUAACGACGAGACCCAAAAGAUUAUCCUUCGUACCCUUUCUUACAGCCUCCCGGCUGAAAUCCAUAAGCACAUUCUCCUGGUACAACCUACCAACAUGUUUGGCAUGAGACAAAUGGGAAGCGCUAUCAUCAAAGAGGUUGAAGAUGCAUCUUUGCGGCAGAUGAAGGCCUUCAAACAGAUGGCACCCGGAUUCAAUUUCACUCAAUGUAAUGAUACCAUUGUUCCCCAGUGCCUAAAGGUUCUUUACAACUUCCAAGACUACGUUGCCAAGGCACCCUACGGUAAGAAUAAGCUGGGUGUAAACGGCUUUCUUGAGCAGUACGCCCAGUAUGAAGACUUGAAGGUCUUUUUGCAGAACUAUACUCCCAAAGCCAUCGGCGCAAACUUCUCUACUGUAUCAGUCAAUGGGGGAUUAGCAAUUCAAAAUUCAUCCAACCUUGACGGUAUCGCAGAAGCAAAUCUCGAUAUUCAGUAUACUGUCUCUCUAAGCUAUCCCACUCAGAAUAUAUACUACUCGACCGGUGGAAGGCCUCCUUACAUCCCGGACCUCGACAUAGUCACAAACGAUAGCGAGCCUUAUCUGGAUUGGCUUAACUGGAUUUUGGAUCAGCCGGAUAUCCCUCAGACGAUCACCACAAGUUACGGAGAGAGCGAACAAACCGUGCCUCUUAGCUACCGCCAUACCGUCUGCAAUCUUUUUGCUCAACUCGGCGCCCGCGGUGUCAGCGUCUUAUUCUCCUCCGGUGAUGCCGGCCCCGGCUGGUCGUGUCGCUCCAACGAUGGCAAGAAUACAACAAAGUUCCUCCCUACAUUUCCAGCCUCUUGCCCUUGGGUAACUAGUGUUGGUGGAACCAAAAAUAUUAAUCCCGAAGAAGCUGUAUAUUUUUCUUCUGGCGGAUUCUCGGAGACAUGGCCUGUACCUUCAUACCAGGAGAAGGCCAUCUCUGCCUACUUCGAGAACAAUCCGGACUCAUGGAAACCGUGGGAACAGUAUUUCGUUAAAGGGGGGCGUGGAUUCCCAGAUGUUGCUGCUCAGGGUUUCAACUACCGUGUAAUUCUUAACGGGACGGUUAAUCUGAUUGGCGGUACAUCCGCUAGCUCUCCAGCCUUUGCUGGACUUGUUAGUUUAUUAAACGAUGACCGUAUUGCCAACGGAAAGCCACCACUCGGAUUUCUCAAUCCGUGGCUGUACUCUGAUAAAGUUGCGGAGACGUUCAAUGACAUCACGCAUGGAAGGAGCACGGGAUGCAAUGGAAAAAUGUGGGGCCAGCCGAUUGCGGGCAAUCCAGCUGUUGUUCCAGGUGCUGGGUGGGAUGCAGUUCCAGGAUGGGAUCCCGUCACGGGAUUGGGGACUCCGAACUUUGAAAAGAUGAGACAGUGUUAG